CAGUAUGAUUUGAAACAGUCAACAUGGACUUUUCACGUCUACACACGUACACUCCUCCCCAAUGUCUGCCAGAGAACACUGGCUAUACAUACGCACUCAGUUCAAGUUACUCUUCAUCUGCUUUGGAUUUUGAGACUGAAAACAAAAUAGAUCCAGUAUUUGAUUCACCCAGAAUGUCACGGCGUAGUUUACGGUUAGCUGCUGCAGGAUUUAAUAAAUCAGAUGAUGCACGAAAUGAUAUCCUUCAUGACAGCUCUUAUGCCGGAAACAUGUCCUUCAGGGAACAGUCUUCUAAGAUGGUGAAGCAACGCAAAAGUAUGAAUAAACAAUCUGGCAGUGUAAGACACACACCAAGGAAAAAUCUAUCCAGCUCUUCCAUUUUUAGCCAAAGCAGUUUCAAUAGCCGUGCCAGUGACACAUCAAUGGUAUCCACCGUAUUGGAUGAAUCUUUGAUUCGAGAGCAGACAGAGGUUGAUCAUUUCUGGGGUCUUGAUGAUGAAGGUGACCCUAAAGGUAGUGAUACUACACUGAUGCAGGGAAAUGGCGAUAUAACAACAGCAGAAACACAGACCACAAUGAUCAAUGGCUACACUUGCAGUGACUGCAGCAUGCUUUCUGAACGGAAGGAGGUUCUUACAGCAUACUCAGCUUCUCAUGUGCCAUCUUCCAGAAUUUACUCUAGGGACAGGAGCCAGAAACAUGCAUCUAGAGGAACCUAUUUCUACGUGAGUAAGAUUCUGCGAUUGGUCAAACAUGCUGCAGCAUCUUUUGCAUCACUAUUAGUGCAACUAUUUCAAAUGGUUUUGCUGAAGCUGGGUUAUGAAUUUAAAGCUCACUCAGACUACUGUGGAAGCAUGAAUGUAAAGGAAUUUUACAGAGAAGACAGCCAUCUUGGUGUAAAUGAGGAAUCGAUAUGUGAUGACUGUAAGGGGAAGAAACACCUUGAAAUAUACACCACAGACCACAUGCAAUCCCCACGGGCUAAAAGGGUAGCAAGGACCAUUUGGCACACCUUUUCUUAUGCAGGUUACUUUAUGCUUCACAUGUUGCGAACAGUGGGAGCGACGGGAUGGCUUGUGUCUCAGAAGGUGGUGUCUCUACUUUGGCUGGCCGUUCUUUCUCCAGGGAGGGCAGCUUCUGGCAUGUUCAGGUUGCUUAGAACUGGGUGGUAUCAACUUGUUACUCUGAUGUCUUUGCUCAAGGUGUUUCUUCUUAGAAGAUGCCUUCCAAAGAUCUACAAGCUAUUACUGUUUCUUAUCCCACUCCUGUUUCUACUAGGUAUAUGGUUCUGGGGGCUUGAUGGCUUCAUUUCAUUAUUACCUUCAUUGAACUGGACAAGACUUCAUACAAUACAGAGAACAGAUGACUCUGUUCGUGUUCCUGAACCACAGGCUGAUUCUUUUCACUCUGUGCAACCCCCAAAGGAUACCAUAAAUAUCUUUGAUUCUGGUCGUAUAAGUGAACUGGAAAAGCAAAUGGCCUUCGUAUCUGACAAAUGCCAUCACCAUGAUGAAGAAUAUAGCAAAGUGAUGCUUUUACUCCAUAAUCUUCAAGAUCAGGUUGCCCAGAUGAGUGACAAAAGUGAAACAUUGAAGCUAAUAAAAAAUGUGAUGGGUCAACAUCUUAAAGAUAUGAAACUGGAGGAAAAG